ACAACGCAGUGAAUUGCGUAUUUUUCCGUUUUCAACGAGUGUGCAGACCACCAAUUAGCCAAUUCUUCCUUUGCAAUGGGUGACGACGAAGUAUUUAAUGGCGUGAAUAACGGUGCACGAACCAACGGCAGCUCGGACACGGUUAAAACGCCUUUCGUGAUAGGCGUCGCCGGUGGUACUGCAAGUGGAAAGUCGACCGUAUGCAAACGCAUCAUGGAACAAUUGGGUCAAGCUGAUAUGGAUCACACACAACGACAAGUUGUAACCAUAAGUCAGGAUAGCUUCUACCGGGAGCUGACCGACGCAGAAAAAUCUCGUGCCGAGAAGGGGCUCUUUAAUUUUGACCACCCGAGCGCUUUCAACGAGGACCUUAUGCUGCAGACGUUGCAAAGCAUCUUGCAUGGGAAAAAAGUGGAGAUUAGCGAGUAUGAUUACCGUAAGAAUGCGGUCUGCCCAGAGAAGCUAAUCACUAUCUAUCCGGCCGAUGUGGUUCUGUUCGAGGGCAUUCUCGUGUUCUAUUUUCCCGCAAUACGUGACUUGUUUCAUAUGAAGCUGUUCGUCGAUACCGAUUCCGAUACCAGGCUGGCCCGUAGAGUUCCGCGUGAUAUUAACGAGCGCGGUCGAAAUCUGGAGCAGGUUCUGAAUGCGUACAUGACUUUCGUGAAACCAGCGUUUGAAGAGUUUUGUUCGCCGACUAAAAAAUUCGCGGAUGUUGUCAUACCACGAGGAGCAGAUAAUACAGUUGCUAUUGAUCUGAUUGUUCAGCAUAUUCGAGAGUUCCUGAAUAAUCGUACACGUAGCGAGCAUAGUCCUCAGCUGGCAACGUGUGGCACGAGUGCGCUAAAUUUAGCCAGCGGUCGAGUUCGUUACUUCGUGUUCCACUAGAACCCAAGAGUACGUUUGUUAGCAAAAUGCUCGCCAUCAUUCUGCUCGAGCGAGCAAAAUUCUGCGAGCAAAUGCUCGCAAUCGAGCGAAUCAUUUGUACGGGUGCCUAAGCAUGUGUAGUAACAGGAAGGAUAACACAUCUGUAACAGGAGGACAAAUUUGAAACUACGAAACAAACGCGUACGGCUGAGCCGUCUUAGGUGAUUUUGGUUGAAUCAAAAUUGCCCGUACUUUGGUCAGUACCUCAUCCCCCAAGAAGAACCAAAAACAUGAAGCCAAAAACUAUUAUACACUAAUUUUAUAAUCGGAACAACAAAUUGGUUCUGGUAGAGGUAAUGAGUUCAUAGGUUUGUUCAUUUAAAACAUCGUUAAAAAUCAUAAGUAGGCCAGGAAGACCAUUUGAGUGAAGUAGAUGAGCCUACUACUAGAAUCGCUUUCCAGAAGGAAAGUGUCGUUGUGCCAUUUGUUUAGUUCACUGUGCUUCGUUGCUAUAUUCGUUGUCACUAUUGUACUGUCUCACUUCUCGACGCUCGGACAGCCCCACGUAAUUUGUUAGCAAUUUGGCAGUUGCAUUUGUGUGCGUAUUGUAGUUCCUACAUCAAACCAAUGACCAUCAAAAGCGAACGUUUGACUGCAAUGGACGUGCAAGAAAGAUCAUACAAAAAAGCAACCCUUCUCGAACCCUUCAAAGCCCUAUUGAUUCGUCCGUUAUUUCGUAUCGUUCGCAGCCGAAGAAAAUUUACAAACAAUUUCCACCUCGGUAAUCAGUAGACAGCUCUAUUCGGUGCUGUACGAUUACAGUUGAAACGCAGAGUAGCAACGUGAAUGUGAUAAGCAAGAGUUUUGUAGCGUCACCAUGCAAACACAUAAAUUCAACGAACGAACGAGAACGAACGAAUUCAAACGCGCAGUGCUAUUGAUCACAGUAGAACUACACUGCACACUAAAAUGCAAAUGGCGACCGUUUGGCGGACCGUCCCUCGCGGGGCCGCGUGAUUUAAGCAUACAAUAACCAGUGAAGAGCAAUAUAUCGUUUACGAUUAGGGUACGAUUGAUGUGCGUCUUUUUUGUUGUGUAAGGUAGUAAGGCAACAGGCACUGCACCUACUCAUUUCGGGUUGGACUACACCAAACGGGGGACUAGCGAAGCUUCAGGUGCUUCGGACGGAACUGCAAUGUAGUAAUAGUGACGCUGCGGAAAGAGAUUUUUCCCAACGUCAAAUUCAAAUCUCAUUUCAAUCCCCAAGCUCCCCCUCGGCCGUUUAGUAGUGUGAACCGGAGGAAGUACUUUACACAAAAUUACAAACAUCCCCAAACACCGUACGUACAAGUUGCCGAUGUACAACCAGAAGCUACAAUGGUUUAUGUUUCUACACUGUUCGGAAAUAAAUCAAUUUCAAGCAAUGCGCA